AUGGCCAGCAUCAACGGGAGCUUCGCAUCUCCAGCGGCGGAUGCGUCUCUGCAUGCCGCUGUCACCUCGUCGUCCGGUCUCUUCAUGGCCAUCUACAACAACAUCUCCGGCUGGGGCGCCGUUCUUGCGCUCUUCCUCUUCGCAGUCGCCUAUGAUCAAUUUAAAUACAUAUGGCUGAAAGGGUCCAUCGUCGGCCCAAGAUUCAAGAUCCCCUUCAUGGGACCGUUCCUCGAGUCUGUCAAUCCAAAGUUCUCUGAAUACAAGGCGAAAUGGGCCAGUGGGGAUCUGAGCUGCGUCUCCGUCUUUCACAAGUUUGUUGUGAUUGCAUCUACCCGUGACAUGGCCCGCAAAGUGUUCAACUCGCCCAUGUACGUCAAGCCAUGUGUCGUUGACUCGGCACACAAGCUCCUGGGCAAGACCAACUGGGUCUUCCUCGACGGCAAAGACCAUGUAGAGUACCGAAAGGGCCUCAACGGCCUCUUCACCAGGCAGGCAUUGUCUGUUUACAUGCCCCUUCUCGACGGCGUGUACGACAAGUACUUCAAAAUGUUCCUCGAGGAGUCUGCGAAGAACGACCACAAGCCCAUCCCGUGGAUGCCGCAGUUCAGAGAGCUGAUGUGCGCUCUCUCCUGCCAGACCUUCGUUGGCGACUACAUGACGGACGAUGCGGUGACCAAAAUCGCCAACGACUACUACCUCAUCACCGCCGCCCUCGAACUGGUCAACUUCCCAAUCAUCCUCCCUUUCACCAAGACGUGGUACGGAAAGAAGGCUGCCGACAUGGUAUUGGUGGAAUUCAGCAAGUGCGCCGCAAAGAGCAAAGUUCGUAUGGCCGCUGGAUACGAGAUCACCUGCAUCAUGGACGGCUGGGUGAAGGCCAUGCUAGACUCGGCCGCUUAUCGUGAGAAGAUCGCCCAGGGCGUUGUCGUUCCAGACGCUGAGAAGCCGAAGCAUAUCCUCCGUGACUUCACGGACUAUGAGAUUGCCCAGACCAUCUUCACCUUCCUCUUUGCCUCCCAGGAUGCCACCAGCAGCGCCUGUACCUGGCUCUUCCAGAUCAUGGCCGACCGUCCGGACAUCCUCGACAAGGUCAGAGAUGAGAACUUGAAGGUCAGGAAUGGCGACCGUAACGUCCCUAUUUCCAUGGAACUUCUCGACCAGCUCACCUACACCCGUGCCGUCGUCAGAGAGACUCUCCGAUACCGCCCUCCAGUCAUCAUGGUCCCUUACGAAGUCAAGAAGGACUUCCCCGUUACCCCGACGUACACCCUUCCCAAGGGCUCCAUGAUCGUUCCAUCCGUGUGGCCUGCGACCCACGACCCAGAGGCGUAUGAGGAUCCAGAGUCCUUCAUCCCAGAACGAUGGAUCACAGGCACCGCUGAGCAGAACGCAAAGAACUUCCUUGUUUUCGGGACCGGCCCUCACUACUGCCUUGGCCAAACUUACGCACAGCUUAACUUGAUGGCCAUGAUCGGCAAGGCCAGUAUGACUCUCGACUGGGAGCACCAUGCCACUCCCCAGUCUGAAGAUAUCAAAGUCUUCGCUACAAUCUUCCCUCAGGAUGACUGCCCUCUCGUCGUACGACCACGACCAGAGUGA